UCAACAAGCCGAGCUUCCAGCUCUGAGUCUUUUCUUUAACUGAAGCUCAGCUUGACGAAGGCUCAGCCAUCCAAGCCCAACUUGCCACUUUCUCCAUGCCAAGAAAAGAGACAAAGAAAUUCCACCGACAAGAAACUCCACUGCUCUAGUCUCUACACCAGACAGACGUCUCUUAUAAACGCCAGUUACAGAGACCCAGGAAAAGAAGAGAAUAAUGAGAUAUUACCAUGGAUCCAGGAGGAGGAGGAGAGUGUCCAUACAGUCAUUCCCGUCGCGGGUGCCGUUUUCACCGGCUUUGGCUUACUCAUGCUUAUACUGAGAUCUGUUGAUCCACCCUCUCACGGCGCCGUUUUUCUUUCGAGUCUCGAGGUAGAAGGAGAUGAUAGAGGUGGAGUGAGAGGAGGUCUAAAUUCAAGCUUUGCCUUACGAAAUGGCACCAUUUCUGAAGUAAAGGAUGUUUAUAAACAGAGAAGUGGAGGUUUAAAAUCGUGCGCUACGGUUGAAGAAAUGGGCGAGAGUUUCAAGGGAGCCGUCUGGAAGGAGAGUCUACGAGUGAGAAGAAUCAUCCAGGAGCACUUCGCUGUGAACGGUGCUUCAAGAAUUCAAAAUCUUCCUCCAGAGCAGUUCUGCAAACAUGGCUUUGUCUUUGGGAAGGCAUCAGAGGCAGGUUUUGGCAAUGAAAUGUACAAGAUCUUAAAUGCUGCGGCAUUAAGUAUAAUGUUGAACCGGUCCCUGAUAAUUGGGCAGACCAGGGGCAAAUAUCCUUUUGGCAAUUAUAUUUCUUAUAGCAAUCAUUCUUUCACAUUGAAGAAAGUCAAACACCUGUGGCGAAAAAAUGGUUGUGUAAAGAACUAUGGAAGGCAUCUGGUAAUGAGGAUUGAUGACUUUGAGAAGCCAGCUAAAACAUAUGUCCUCUGCAGCAAUUGGAGAAAGUGGAAGCAACCAAUCAUAUGGUUUCAAAAUACAACAGAUGCUGUGGCCUGUCAAUUUUUCUUGAAGAACGUAUACCGUGAAAUGAGAGAUGCAGCUUCUGAUUUAUUUGGAAAGCCAGAAGAUUUUCAAUCUCGGCCUAAUGUUUUUGGGGAGUUGAUGAAAGUUCUCGUAUCCCCUUCAGAAGAUGUUGUGGAAGCAGUCAACAGGGUUCUUGGUGGUGGGGCAGAUCCUGAUGUAUCAUUGCACAUGCGGAUGCUUAUGAACAGGUCAGUGAGAGCCACACAGGCAGCAUUGAACUGCAUCAAAAAAGCCUUGCGUAAUCUACGCCAAACUUCAAGGCCUAGGGUGGUUUUAGUAUCAGAUACUCCAUCUUUUAUAAGAAGUAUUCUUCCAAACAUAAAUGGAUUUGCAGAGGUUCUUUAUUUUGAUUAUAAACAUUUCCAAGGAAACAUCUCUCAAAGUGUUAACCUAUCGCACAGUUUAGAUUUUAGAGUGAAGGAUUGGGGCCCUGCACCCAGAUGGGUUGCAUUUGUGGACUUCUUUCUUGCAUCACGUGCAAAACAUACUGUUGUCUCUGGUGCUCAGAGACGUGUUGGGACUACCUAUGCACAAUUAAUUGCAGCAUUGGCGGCAGCAAACCACCUAGGUAUUUCAUUGAUUUCUCCUAUUAUUUGCUAUUCAGAUUUUAAAUUAAUAGUUAAAUUGUGGUAAACAUAAAACAUUGUU